GGUGAAUACAAAGAAGCACUGUCCUGGGGACGGAUGAAGAAAGUCGCAGGAAGGCAGCUCAUGCCUGUCCUUGGGAUGCCAAUCCCCUCAACACCUCCACCGCCCACAGCGGCCGAGGUGUUUACGCCUGAAGUGCAAGCUGCUUUCGCCGCGACGCAGGGCACUGGUGAGGCUGAUUCGCACACAGUGGCCAAGAUGAUGAGCUUCCUGACCCCCGGGGACCACGGCACGGACCUGUUUGACAAAACUUCUGCAGACCGGGCCCAGUGGCUGCACGAAUACUCGGAGAACUACGCGGCAGCGUUGCUGGAUAGCGCCGGGAAGGCAGGCGGGCAAGUAGACGACGAUCACGUUAAACUCACGGAUGACACGUUCGCGGCCGCAAUAAAUCUCGGAGACGGUCACCUGCCCGUUACUGCCGCGGAGUUCCCCGGGGGGGAGGAGUCCGGCGGGCUUUUUGACCAACUGGACACUGAUGAUGACGGGAAAAUUGAAGCGAGCGAACUGCCUGCCGUCGUAGCGCAUGAAGAUGAGGCGGAAACUGCUACUCCCGCAAACGACCCGGCAGGAGAUGAAGCUGGCUCCUCGUCAGGCUCGCGUGGAACUACUGGUGGUGACUCAACAACGGCUGCUCCGGAGCACCAGGCGGAUCCUGUUCCUGCCCCCGCGCCAGGCCCGGGAACCGGCGAUGGCUCUGCAAACGCGGGAUCAGAAGCGGGAACCGGUGAC